AUGGGUCGACAGGCUUAUCUGACCCGGCUCGCUUUGGGCCGAUCACCUUAUGAACCACCUGAGACUGCUACGGUUGACCCGUCCAAUCCGGUCCGAAGAGUCUCACAUAUCCACGCCGACAAUUACAUGCAGCAGUAUGAUGCCCGAGGCCAUCCAGUCAAUCCGGAAUCGAAGGCUCUCGGCCGCGACCUGCGAAGGGCCAAGAAUGAUAUCCUCUCGACGAUGGGGAUCGUCGUUAGCGGCGAAGACCGCAACGCCAGCUCUGCCAAUGAAGAAGAGCGGAUCAACCAGAUUACAGCUGAGAACGAUUUCGGCCUAGUGAUCACGACUCUUGACCAGCUAUUUGUCUUUUUUGGGACAUGGUGGACCUCAUCUCUUACCGGAAGAAUCCUGACGUUUAGACACUAUACCCAUGCUGCAUUACUCGAUGUCAUUCGCUCAGAACGUGGAUCAACCGGGAUUCUAGGUUUCUACUUCGCAGGCAUUCCGGCAUGGGCAGUGUCCAGUGGACUGGCCAUUGCUCGUGACAAUCCCUUGAAGCGCGUUUGGUUUGCGAUCAAAGACUAUGCUGUGAGUCUUUCGGGCAAUGGUGGACUUUCACUAGCAAUUCGGGCUUUUUCCUUGUUGGGAUACUCAGUGGCAAGGAGCUCAAUCCUGGUUCUAUCUGUGGAGGCCUACAUGUACUCAGUCCUCCAGUCACUGUCCAUCGUACCUGCCAGCUCCAUUCCAGGAAUUCGACUCUUAAUUCCUUUUGGCGAGAAUUCCCUGAUCCAAAUGCCUCCUCUCCCGACCCACCUCUCUGCGCCUGCCAUCGGAGGAUUUUUGAUGCGCCUGUUGGCUUCGCCGGGUGUACUAACAUUUCUCUAUGCCUUUUAUCUGCGACCGGAAAUGGAGGAACGUAUCUACCGGUUGGCCCGUCGCCAGCUACCAAAGCCAGUUAUUGCAGAUGAACUGUCUAUUCGGGUUGCCUUCGAAGAGAACCUUGUCGAGUGGGUGGUCCCAAGCCUGGGACGCAGAGCAGAGGAAGAAUCCCGCCGCGCCAAACUCACAUUCUUCGAGGAUAUUCAAUGUGAGCUUGCUGCUUUCCGGGACUGGGUACUAUCUUCCUUCGGUCUGCUCUCCAGAGAUACGUCGAAUCAGCAGAUCACCGGAGCCUCAAACCAGGAAAGAAUUGAAACCCUCAGGCAUUCAAUUGAGUCGCUUCAGCACGAACUCGAUGAGGUCCAGUUUCGAAACGAUCUUGCACAAGAUCGGCCAUUAACCCCCUUUUCAGAGCCCGUUCCACCAAACAGAACCACUGUGCGCAGAAACACUACUGAGUAUGGACGACCAGGAUUUCUGGCUCGUGCUGGGAGGGUUAGAAUUGACGAUGAAGGCACGGUUUAUAGCAUGCCUCCUCAGGUGCUGACAAAUGAAAAUCGCAUGUCUCAGUCACCCGGAGAGAUGAGCAAUGAUUUCUUUUCUGAAAUGGCAACUCUUGGGCGGACAAGUGCGCCAUCGCAGUCGACUGUCUCUGUAACUCUAAGCCAACAGAGCAAUGCGCACCAAUUCGAGGACGUCAUGCAAGACCGACAAAACUCUCGCUCAAACACAUUGUUCUCUCGUCCAUCAUCUCCGGAAACAUCACCACCGACUUCGCCUCGUGUCAGAGCCUCAUUGAUCCAUCAGAGCUCCGACAUCAUCACCAUGCAAUUAGAAUUGCUAGGAAACCGGAAUCGAGCUGCGCAAAAUCAGCCAUCCGUCUCGAGUCCUCAUCUUCCAAGAUUUGGCUAUAACGGUAACGGUACUACUUCGACUGCCGUUGAUCGCAGAUCCAUAGCGGAUUUCCUCGAGGCUCUGAUUCUAAGCCAAGCUCAGCAUCAAGCCACACAAUCACAUGUGCGAGAUGAGCAGGAUGGCCCCAGUACCGCAAACGAAGCAGACCACACAACAGGUCAAUCCGCGCCUCUUGAGAGCCAUCCACAGGGCUCCGUGGCGGAUAGUUCGGCUCCAAAUAGAGACUUGGCUACCCCUAUCACGGACGAGAACAUGGGUCCUGCUGUCCCAAACAUCCUACCGGAUGGUGUCGAAGAGCCGAACGACGAGGGAGUCGGUGGUCCGCACGGAACAGCUGCUGCUCUUCAAGAUCCUUCAUCAGAAGUCUUUGAUCACCCAGACGAGCCUAUUGCACGUGUCCAGGUACCCUCUACGUACCCAUCUUCCAACGCGCACCGAGUGACCCUACUCUCUGCCCACCCGGUGGAUUCUCUCGCCUCUCAUCUUGCUGCGAUCCUGAGUACCAUCAUACUUUCUCCGUUGGAAGCGCUGUGCCAUCGUUCCUUGGCACAUUCUUAUCUUGCUAUACAUUCGUCUUCCACAGCGGAGCUCUCGGAUCUCCAUCCCGUCGGUCUUUGGUUUGGCGGGAGCUCUUGGAAUGACAUCGCUGCCUAUACCGGAAGGGUGAUACUCAUGAGAGGAAUGCAAGCCGCCUUGAGGGCCGGUGUUUGGGGGUUCUUGGUUGGUUCGACUAUGAGAAUUGGAAGGAAAUUUUGUGGAUGGGGAACGCUUUGA